AUGCUUUAUAUCGUCGGCCUCAUUGUCCUCCUCUUCGCCAUCAUCAUCAUAUACGUCGUCCGAAUCUUCGCAUCCUUUGUAACAGCUAUCAAAGCCCACCGAGCCGCUAAACGCGAUCCAGAGUCAGCGGACGAUGGGCCGGUGAAGCGCCCUUCGCUGAGAGCUGUGGCGCGGGAAGUGACGCAUACGAUGUUCCCGCCAAGACAGCAGAGUCCACACGUGCCUGCACAUAGGCGAAGCUCGGUCGAGCUGGCGAGGAGGGGAUGGGUAUCGACCGAGAUGGCGGUGACUAGGGUAGAGACAAGGGAUGGGGAAUUGCCCACAUAUCAGGAGAGUCAUACCAUGCCAAAACCACCGGCAGCGAUCUACUCUGCCUCAGCAGUACAUCAGUCAGCGGCGAGAACGGAGGCGGAACAGGCGUCAGCUCCGGUACCGGAUUACUCAGCGGGCCAGGCGCCCCAUCUACCGCCCCAAUACCAGGAACAGCCUGUCAUGCGUUCGUAG